CUUCUCCCCUGAGGUGAAAUGUCUCCUGGAGGAAACGAGGUUAGAGGAUGCGUGAGUCGGCAGGACACACAACAACAUGCUGCCGCUGCUUCUCCACACCGUCACCUCCGUCUGGGUCCUCACAGCACCAGCCCAAGUGUCAGCGGUCACCACGGAGACAGUGGUGGGUGUGGCCGGGCGGAGGGUGACGCUGCCGUGUCGGUCGGAGGCGGUGAACAAGAGAGGAGUCGAGGUGUGCUGGGGGAGGGGCGAGCCAUCGUUGUUCACCUGCCACAACACUGUGAUGAGCACGGCUGGAGAUCAGGUGUCAUACAGGAGGUCCUACAGGUACUCCGUCUCCUCCUCGUCCUCUCUGUCCAUCUUUAACUCUCGUCCAGCAGACUCUGGUUUCUAUCACUGCAGAGUUCAGCUGCCCGGACUCUUCAACGACCAGACGUCCACCGUUCACCUCAUCAUCAUCAGCCCUCGCUCUGCGGUCUCUGGCGACGGGGACGCUGAGAACCUGAACGCACCACGCACUGCGACAAGUUACAGCACUAGGGACGUGACGGGGGAGACAGGAAGUGAUGUCAGCAACACCACAGAGCCAAUGGUGGCGCAGGUUCAGUCAGCUGUCCAGCAGCAGCAGGUAAACAGUCUGCACAUGUUUAUUGGAAACACCGUGAGGCUGUCCUUCAUCAUCUUCAUCCCUGCACUGCUGCUGACUGCUGCUUACAGAGUGUGGAGAUCGAACCAGAGACCAGAGACUGACAGGAGGCUGGACCAAUCAGAGGAGGAGGAGGAGGUCACCUCUGUGUAGGAGUCAGUGUUGGUCUCUGUACUGGAACUAAACUGUCUCUCUGCUGUUUCACUGCAGGUUUAGUCCAGCUGGGUUUCUGUAGAGACCGGAUCAGACCAGUCAGUGUCUCUCCAAGUUCAACAAGUAGAAACUGCAAAUCGUGGGAAUUUAACGGAAACAGAUUCAACUAUCAGAUGUGAAUACCAGAAACCAUCAGCAGUAAAUGAGUAAAUAAACACAUGCUGGUCAAUAUUUUUAAAUGCAUUUCAGACUCAUGCUUUAAUAAGAUUAAAUCAGAUUAAUCAGAGUAUUACUGUUGAUGUCCUGUCCCCUGAAGACACCUGUGAACAACGAGGUCAGUUCUCCUCUCUGACCAGCAGGUGGCACCACUGCCCACAGAACAGAGCUCUGUUCCUCUGUUACUACCAGACACAACAUUACUUAUUAUUAUAUUAUAUUUAUUAUGGUGACUGAUCUCAUCAUCUAUUGAAACAGCACCAGACUCCAGCGUAGUGGUUAAAGGAGGUACUGCACCCUCGGAAAACACGGCUCUCCUCGUUAGUUUGGUGGCGAGUGUCACACGGGGCCAGUUGUGAAUCGCUGUAACAGAGAAACAGCCAAUAGGAAGGCAGCUUUUUGCUUUUUUUACUUUAAAUUCCACGAAGGACGGUUCAAAUCCCCGUUGAGGCAGAAUCAAAUGUGAGAUAAAAUGAGUUGAAAGCAUUAAAGUACUUGGGAUUUAAGAAUUCAAAUCUGUAAAUGUGUAAUUAGUCUUUGCAGAACUGCAAUUAUAUUGGUGCAUUAAAUGUAUUGGAUGAUGUAAAUCCUGCUACUCUGAACAGAAAUAUUACCGCUGCCCAAAGAACAAGUGGGGUCUUCUAAACUUACAUACUUUCUUCUUUGGUGAAUAAACAAUCAUUUCCUCCCUUGA